CUCUACCAAAACUCAAAUGUUCCUCUCUACUGCUCUUCUCCUUCUUCGUCUAUCCCGUAAAUCCCAACAAAACCCUAAUUUUCGAAUCUCAAUAUCCAAACCCAUUACUUUCCGAUCACUCCAAACCCUAACUACUAAACUUAAACACCUUAACAAUGUCGAAAACGAAAGCAACACCAGCAGCAGAGGUGGAGGGGUUUCAAAUGAUGAUUAUUUCGCUGCAAUUCAUCAUAUAUCCAACAUAGUUCGUCGUGAUUUCUUCUUAGAGAGAACUUUACAAAGGAUGCAAAUCAAUGUAACAUCAGAACUUGUUUUUAGAGUUCUCCGAAGUUGCAAUAAAUCAGGUAUUGAAUCAUUUAGGUUUUUUAAUUGGGCAAGAAAUCAAUCUAAAUAUGAACCAACCACAUUAGAGUAUGAAGAACUUAUUAAAACUUUAGGAAGGACUAGAAACUGGGAUACAAUGUGGAAAGUUGCUGAACAAAUGAAAAAACAAGAAUUUUGCUUAACACCUGAAACUUUUUCUAUGAUUAUUGAAUCUUAUGGUAGGCAUGGUUUAACUGAUCGAGCUGUCGAGGUUUUUAAUCGGAUGAAGGAUUUUAAUUGUGAACAAACAACUCAAGUUUAUAAUUCCUUGUUAUUUGCUUUAUGUGAAGUUAAGAAUUUCCAAGGUGCUUAUGCUUUGAUUAGGAGAUUGAUUAGAAAAGGGGGUGUUCCUGAUAAGAAGACGUAUUCGAUUCUUGUUAACGGUUGGUGUUCAUCUGGUAAACUUAAAGAAGCUCAACAAUUUUUAGAGGAAAUGAGUAGAAAGGGUUUUAAUCCACCUGUUAGAGGUCGUGAUCUUUUAAUUGAUGGUUUACUUAACGCGGGAUAUCUAGAAUCGGCAAAAGGGUUGGUGAGAAAAAUGACUAAAGAAGGGUAUUUGCCUGAUAUAUCGACUUUUAAUUCUUUAUUAGAAGCUAUUUGUAAUUCUGGUGAGAUUGAGUUCUCUAUUGAACUUCUUCGGGAUGUUUGUAAGUUAGGGCUUACUCCUGAUAUUACAACUUAUAAGACUAUGAUUCCUGCUGCUUCGAAGCUGGGUAAACUGGAUGAAGCUUUUAGGCUCUUGCAUUGUUCGAUUGAGGAUGGACAUAAGCCAUUUCCGAGUCUGUAUGCGCCAAUUAUUAAAGCACUUUUUAGGAAUGGGCAGUUUGAUGAUGCAUUUAGUUUUUUCAAUGAUAUGAAAGUUCAAGGGCAUCCACCGAACAGGCCUGUUUAUACUAUGUUGAUUAAAAUGUGUGCAAGGGGAGGGAGGUUCUUUGAGGCUGCAAAUUAUUUGAUUGAGAUGACAGAGUUGAAUUUGGCACCCCGAACACAGAAUUUCGAUAUGGUUACUGAUGGACUAAAGAACUGUGGGGAGCAUGACUUGGCGAAGAGAAUAGAGGAAUUAGAGAUAUCACUCUGUGGUGCUUGAGAUAGAAACUUUUGAAAGUCUGAAGAAAAUGUGCUGUGUCGGUAACAUAUUUGUGUUCUGCGGCUUAUCAUGUUGGGCAAUGCAUAUACCUAUACGAAUUGGUUUUCGUUGCAGGUUGGUCUUUUUUCUGCGUCAAAUACAUAAUCUGGAAAUAUCUAUAAAGGAGCUUUAAUGGCAGAGCAAGAGGCUGAGGUAGCAAACAGAUGGACACGAUACUUUAUCAGUAUCUUGCGGUCUCGUCUACAGUGAUGCUGACACAAUCAGACACGACGGAGAGUACAUUGAAAAUGCAGGUGGUGAUCAACAAAGUAGAGAUUUUGAGCCAUUCUACUGCCAUGGACAACAAUAGGAUAGUGAACUCUCAAAGCUUGUGGAGCCUUGUCCACGAGUCUCUGGGUUCAGCAAAUGCGACAUGCAGAGAACUGUGUUGUAUUAUUGACAAGUUUUAUUCUAUAUCCAGCAACCGAGUUGUUAUUGUUGUACACUACCUGUUAUGGAUUAUUUACGUUACUGUUA